GAUAACGCGCUACUUUCAUUUUCUAGGUCGCUUAGGUAUGAGUGUUUCCGUACCAAAGAAGUCUGAACCUUCAAAAAUCUCUGAUUUAAUUGAUUUUUGCCCGACUCUUAAUUUGUAUUUAAAGCCCAUAGCUCGGGUGUGUAUUACAGUUCAGAUCCCUCUUCUUCAUGAUACAUCUGGCCAGUUAAAGUCGUUUACUACAUGGGAGAUCAUUGAAAAAAUUCGGCAACUAUGUCCUGGAAUUCUUGCUCCAUCCACUGUUAUGAAAGUAGUUCACACUACGUUGGAAUUUGUUAGGUUCGCUGUUGACUUGGAAAACAAAACCGACGUCAGGCGCGUGGUUACAAGUUUGGAAAGUCAGUUUAUCAAGCUAAGUGGAUUUCCACAAAACCUUCGUGUUCGCGCAAGUGAAGCUCCAUAUGACUGUCCAAGACGUCAUGAUUGGGAAGCGUUUUUUCGUGAUGCUCAAAAUAUGGAUGAGACUAAAUCUGGUGAGAGGCCUGACACUCUUGUACUCACUGGUCUUCCUAUCAGAUGGUUUGCGAGUGGAUCACACAACAGACCACGAUUCCGCGUUAAUAGUGAUGACACUAACAGCAGCUAUUUAUCCCUUUUGGUUGACGAAGAAAAACCUGAUCCUUCGAUUGUAAAAGAAGCAUUUGAAGUAUUUGGAAAAAUUCGGGAGAUUGAUAUUCCAAUGUUAGAUCCUUCACAAAAUCCUGAUUGCUUGGAAGAUUAUAUAAAUAGCAAUGACACUUUAAAUAAUUCAUGUGAUACAUUAAAAACGGACACUUCAGUUAACAAACCCAUUGAAUAUUCUUUCCGUAACGGUUCUGGCUGUACAGAGGAAUAUAUUGGUGGGUUCGGAAAAAUUGGUCCGGAUACAAUUGGAAUUUUAAAUCCAACUAUACAACACAAUGUAAUUAAUUCGUCUUCAGCAGACUCUGACAAAUCAAAAGUAUCUCAUAUGAUGAAGUCGAAAAACUCCAAUAUAUUGACUAGUCCAACUAAUACAAGUGUUGGUAGUCCACUUACAUUCAUAGCAUAUGUACAAUAUAUGGAUUAUACUGGAUUUAGCCGUGCUAUGGACAUGCUGCGUGGUCAGAAACUUGUUUAUGCUCCAACUUAUCGAAGUCAGUCAUCAGCAUUGGCGGAUCAGAAUGAAAAGUUGUAUUAUGCAGCUGAAAUUAAGAUUGAUUUUGAUCGAACUAAACACUUAUCACCAGAUUCUAUUCAUGCAAGACAAAACAAACGAAAUCAACUACUCAUAGUCGCUGAACGUAGACGUGUUGAAGCAAGAACUAUAGCUGAAGCAGCACGUGAACGUUUACGUCUUUUAGAAGAUUCAGAGCGUAAAGCCGUAGAACGACGUGAAGCAGAAGCAUUAGCCGCUGAAGCUGAGCGUAUAGCGAAACGUGCUGCACGAGAAGAAAGUAAACGACAAAUUGCAAUAGAUAGGUGUAAAAGAAUUAAAGAAGAAUUACUUAAAAAGAAAAUAUCCCUUGAAGAAUACCGUCGUAUAGUGGCUAUACGUAAAGUGGAGGGAAUACGACUAAUGACUUUUUUACUAGCAAAAAUACAGGCUCGUCAUGAUUUAAUCGUCGCUACUAGACGUCUUGAUCGUAUUUCAAAAGCAGAAAAAGCUUUAGCCGAAGCAGAAGCUAAUGUCAAUGUUGCCUUAUCCAAUGCAUCACAUAAUAAUAGUAAUAUUCGAACAACACCAGCUAAAUCUGAUAAUCAGUUAGAGUUAUGUGGAGAAAAAGAUUCUAAUAAGAUCUGUUCACAAUCUGGUUUACCACCCCUAGUUAAUUCGUCUCCUGAACCUAUUGAAGAUGAAGUAGGACAAAACUCACAAUUUCAACAAUUAUUAAAUAAACGUGAAGAGUUUCUACGAAAUAACUUAUUACGUAAACGAGCUGAGAUGUUACGAACACAAAUUUAUGAACGAUCAAUCAUGUACAAUCCAACUUUUCCUGGGUAUAGAGGAUGCAUUCAACUAAAUCGAGAGAAAUACUAAAAAUUUUGUUUUUACUUAUUACUAAUUUAAUUGAUAAUAAUGUUGUUUGCCAUUUUAAAAAAAACGUCUGUACAGUUUAUUAGAUUGUACUUUUUACUGACUAAACACCAUCACGUAUCUGUGGUUGUCGUUAAGUACUUUGUCAGUACAGUGUGUCUAAAGUAUCUAAAAUGUGUAAACAUUGGACGGAACAAAAACUGUAUAUAUGGAAUAAGAAUACACUAUACAUUAUGAAACUACGUGGUUUCUUGUCUACUUUGACACAACUAACCUAUUGCAAUCAAAAUCUUGUUAUCCGGAAUUUGUAACAGAAUAACUUAUUUUUAUUCACAGGAUUUUCGAAGAAACGAAAGAUUUCCCGAUUAGCUCUACUUCUCAAAGCAUUAAUUACAUAUAAAUAUGUUUAUUGCUAACUGAUAAAGUUAAUCUAAAAGGUAACGUCCCUUCUAUUUCCUAAAGCGGGCGACGUUAACCAUCCACAGUAAUAGAAUGUAGGUUUUCAGGUCUACUCUUCUGAGUUAUAUGUAUGAGUGCGAAACAAAUGUAGUCAGCAACUUUGACUACCCGACAGUACUACAGCUAGCUCUAAACGCACAGCAUAGCAAAAAUCACACAUUUCAUGACAACUAUUUUGAGUUUAAUCAAUAUUCAGCCGACCGCCCUUCCGCGAAAUACUAGAGAAUUGGGUUGGGAUCAGUAAUCACUGAAAGAAAAUCUGAGCACGAAGUAUCAAUUUUAGUGUGCAAAAUUAUGUCUUCGUAGAAUAUGGAAACAAUCCAUCAAAUACAUUAUUAGCACAUUUUAAAAUUUCUUACAAAUCCAAAUGUUGCUCCCUCCUUAAGGUGAUGGACGGGGUUGCCGACCGUAUUGAACCAAACGAGCAACACUGGCUAGAACCACCAUUCCUCAAGGUCCUACCAUGUCAGACAGGUCGGUUGAAGAGCGGUAAAACUAAAGGCGGCAAACUCAGAUCCAGGGCCUUACUGUACAAAGGCGUGACGACAGUAAGGUGUUUCCUCCAGACAACCAGCAUAACAUCGAUGCUGCCUUCUCACAAGGAGGGGUGGGGUUAGAAAAGGUUCACUCUAAAAAUGCACACUCUGCCUUAUCCACCGAUGUCCGCGUUCGGUGAUAAGGUCUCAACAAAAAAGAAGCUAACACAAAAAUAUUUGUGUGUGACCGACCUCGAGCAGUUGUACCUUGGGCACUGUGGUCACGCUCCCAGGUCACUAAGACCACCUUUAAUCCAAUUUCCUUCUCAGGUACCUCCAGAAGAACCCUUCCACGGUGUGGGCAACCGAGAAGUGAUAACCGCCCUCAUACCUCUAACUGCACUCAAGACCACUGUAUUCAUAAUCAACCUCCCUCUUCAAUUCCUAUUAUUCCUCUGUUAGCGGGACAUAGACUGGAUUAAAGCAUGCUCAAUGCACGAUUGCUUUGGUGCACACUGAUUGACUAAUUCUUAUCCAAUCAGCACUAGUCGAUAGUUGGGGAAUACUCUAGAAUCUUCUCAUGUAAAAACUAUAAAUGUACUAACGUUUUCCCUAUUGUGCUUCUUACUUGCUUUUUGCUUCCAUCUAACCUUGUUAUUUGGAAUAUAAUCUCUUUCCUGUUCAACCGUGUUCUGAUUUGGGGACUUGUCGAGUGACUUAGUGUCAAAGAAUGCUAAGCAAUAGGAAUAGCUGGGUCACACCGUAAGAAAAAGAUUGUGACAUUCUCCUACAUCAACUUUCACCUCUAAACUUCCUCUUUCGGCUUCCCCUCAAAUGUCACCAUAGCCAACAAUUCUAGUGCGCGAAACACUGUCCCAGGUCUACUGAAACCUCGUUUCAAACUACACAUUGGAGCCUUCAACGUACUCACCCUAUGUCAAAUCGGUCAGCAGAUUUCCCUGGCUAGAACCCCAGAAUCUCGUACCAUUGAUGUAUGCUGUGUCUCUGAAACACGCAUACAGGAUACCAGUGUAGUCAUUCACUUCAACUCACCUCGGCAAAACGGAGAGUCGACGAGAUACACCCUCCGUGUAUUUGGUGACCCGAUGGCCAGUUCUCGUGGACUGGCAGGUGUAGGCAUAGCGCCAAGCAUGAGGGCGGAACAAGCACUGUUAGAGCGGAUCCCCGUUAACAGUCGUUUAUGUACUGUUCGUCUAAACGACACUGUAGGAACUAGGAAGGAUAGGGACACACGUCGUUACCUUUUUGUCGUUUCUGCCUGUUGUAUUCCGAUAAGAAUAAUGAAUCGUAAUUUUUGGGAUCCAUUUAUGGACUAAUAUUAUGGGUAUAUUUUUAUCGUAUAAUUGUUAUGUAACUAAAUUUUUCAUAUUCAUGCCCCUCUUAUUAUGAGCUUUUUUUUGACCUAUGAACCAUUAUUAUACGUUUUACCAUUCUUGAGUUAUACCCAGUAUAUUGAUUACUACUUCCCUCAUUCACAGCCACUUCUGGCUAGUUCUUGUACAAAUGUUGUUUCAUAUUUUAUUGGUACAUUGUGGUCGGUUUGUUUGGUAUAUAAACUCAGUAUGCUUGAAAUAUAAUGAUUCAUAUCUCAGAGGCU